AUGGAUAGGCUGCCGGUAGAAAUCCUGUCCAAAAUCAUCGACCUCCUCACCCCACGAGAGAAGGUCCAGCUCCAAUCCAUCUCUAAAAAGUUCUUUGAUCUCGCACGCGAUAAUAAUCAGUGGAGACUACAUUGCUAUGAGCAGUCAUGGGCUGCUCGGCGAGCUGUCCGGGCUGCCGCUGCCCCCAUAACUUUGGACAGUCUGCUCUCCGGUGCGGUUAAUGCGUUGCCUGAACAUAUUGAGCCCUCUGAACAACAGGCAAAUGAGGCCUCCAACGAACCAAAGGGACUGACUUGGAGUGAGCGGACGAGAGCAGCAGCGGAAUGGGACUCGUCCGCUGCGGGGGAGCAUGUCGACUGGUACUCGGAAUACAUUGCUCGUGAAGGACCUAUAUCUCUGUCAUGGGUUGAGCAGCCUGCGGUCCGCAAAGGUGAAGGAAAACGAAGGCUGUCGUAUGAGGUUAAGGGUAUGGGCUUGCUCAAAGAUUGGAGUUCUGCCAGGCAGAAUAAGGUCGUUGCGCCACUUGAAGAUGGUAGCGUCUGCAUUUGGGAUCUAAAUCAUUCUCACUCUGCCGACUCGCAGGCGAGCAAAGGCAGCAUUAUUGGGAUCAGUGAGCCAGGUAUUCUGAUGGCCAACUUGUCUGCUCGUCGAGACCAUUCGACAUCCAAGGUCUCAAUGGAGUUUAUCAACUUGGGACAGGGGGUGAGCGUGGAUUCGCUAAGACAAAGAGCCUACCUUGCCGUUGGGAAUGUUCUCAAUGAAGUUGACUUGGAGACAUUAAAGGUGAUCUCGCAGCAGCGUUAUCCGUGGUCGAUUUUCGCCCUUUCCCAAGAAACAGACUACUCAGUGCCCUUGACGCUAGCCACUACACUCAGUCUGCAGAUAUAUGAUUCAAGACUAUCGGCUGUCGAGGAAGAAGAAGCAAUCAGCUCGCGAUGCGAACAGAUGACUAGUUCUCGUGCUCCAGAACUUGGUAUAUUCGCGCAUUCAGACACGCCGUGGUUCCAGCUCCAAUCCAAUGGGCAGCCGCCUACUCGUAUACGCAGCCCUGAACCCUCAGACAAAGGAGCUAAUUACGCUCCCCUCUUCCAACCUGGCCCUCUUGCCAUCCUCCACCCGCCAGCUCCCCACGUGAAUACAAUUCUCCUCGCAGGCCGUUUCCCAAGCAUAUUAUGUUACGAUCGCCGCUUUUUCCCUCGUCUACAAACCACCGUUCAUACCGGGGGUCGACUAUGUGGUCUUGCCUCCGUACCAGCGCCUCGGUUCCCCAUCUUUUCAGACGAUACCUACCCAGAGACGCAUUCGAUUGUUGCAUGCGGAGACUACAACGGGCGAGGCUCGCUGGAACUCUAUAAUCUCAGGGCGACAUCGGACCAGAAUAUCAACCCUUCAGACAUGUCAUCCACCCUCAAUACCGAAGACAAGAAUCGCCAGAGCGCAGCCAGCUCUAGAUUGCUUUCCGUGGCAUCACAUGGAAAUCGCAUCGUGUUCUCCGAUGCCGAGGGGAACAUCAAGUGGACCGAGCGAGACGGCCGCUCAGAAGUUCGGCGAUGGAAUAUCAAUACCUCCCAGCCUCAGAUCCCAUUCGAUCGUGGCAGCCGACAGCCAACACAUACAGACGAGGGGCAACCGCCGCGCGGGCUUUGGCCUUCCUCGUCACAUGAGACCCAUGAAGUCGCACGCAAAAUUCUUCCCACUGGCGGGAAUCUCACUGGAGAUGAGCUUCUUGUGUGGACGGGGGAGCGGAUUGGCCGUCUGAAAUUCUCCAUUCCUGCGGAUUCCGAGAUGGAGGUUGACGAGGAUGAUGAUGAUGAUUUGUUUAUGCAUGCGGAGGUCGAUGAAGCUACCCGUGAGGCGAUGCGGCAUAAACGCCGUGAGGACUGGGAGAAGGAGCAGCGGUAUGAGGAGGCCAUGCGUCGGGCACUUGAGCAGCAAGCUGAUGAGGUGCGCUGGAUGGGAAGAUUGGGCUGA